ACAAGAGCACGCCACAGUGCUCGGAGCAGGCGACGGGACAGGACAGGACAGAGCGGUGCCGUGAGGAGCCCCCGCACAGCGCACUCGUUCGUGUCUGACCCGGAGCUUUUCCGAGGCGUUAUUCCUCCAGGUGACCUCGUGGCAGGACUGCGGGACUUGGCAGCCCGUGGCCUUCCCGAGGCUUUUCUUUUGCAGGUGCCUGCGAGGCCAGACUGAGGGAAUUGGUGACCUCAAACCUUACGAGGAGUCUCCUGUCAUUGUGGCAGGAGCCCUCAAGACCAGAGUGCAGGACUUGCUGUCCUGCAGCCAUCGUGAGGUUUCUCUACCUCAGGUGCCUUCAAGGCACAACUACCCAACUUGUUGACUCAAGUCAACAAGAUGACAUCUUUCUUCAAGGUGCCCUCAAGGCCAGACUCUGGCAUGACAAAGCGUUUUUCCAGUGUGUUCAAAGUGAUCAGGGGGAAAAAAGAGAAAGACCCUGGAGCUGCCUCAGCACAGCAGCAUGAAGAAUUGGAGCAGUUCCAGACACUGCCGGAUGAUGCAGCCCUGGACCGGACACAAGAGCAGGAACCCGCCCAUGGCCGCUUCCGCAAAAGCCUGAAGAUGUUCCGGAGGUUCCUGCGCAUUCGACGUAGAAAGACCGGCAGCACAGCAGCUGAGGGCCCGGCCGAGCCUGACUCGGGGCUGACCGAGCUCCAGGCAGAGCCUGAUGGCAGCCCAGAUUCGGCUGAGCGCUCAGAAGACUCUGAGGCUGCAAUGAAUGAUCGCAGGGCAAAGGCUGACAUGGCAGUGACUGAGGAUGUGGCCAUCACAAACACCAAAACCAGAGAGACUCAGGGCCUUGCAAAUACUGACACCACGCCCACUCCCACUCUGAGUCAGGAACUCAUAUUUGACUAUUUCAAGGAACCUUGUGUUUCUUCUCACCAGCAGCAGGUGCCAGCCAAGGUGAAGGACAUCCACCAGAGUCUCAUGUCCCACAUCUCUAUGGAUGCCAGGCUGCAAAUUGACAUUGUGAGGCUGGCAGAAGAACACCCUGCUGACGUGGUGCUGACCCUCCUGCGCUGUGCCCCAACGUGUGACAGAGCUGCUGCAAUGAUGUGGAGAGCCAUAGGCACAUCGGGACCAGCACUGGAGAAAGUGCUGCCAACACUGCUCUGUGUGAUGGAGAACUGGCCACAGCACAGGAUGCGCACCUUUGAUGGGGACAACGAGGCUGUUUUUGCCCUGGCUGCAACUCUGGUGAUCUGGGUGAUUGUCCAGCUGCCUGAGUGCCACAAGGCGAUGAUCCUUUAUUCCUCCCGCCUGUUUGUGGCUCUGCUCUUCCAUGUUGUCAUCACCACACAGCUGAUGCCACCAGAGAAAGUUGAUAACUUCUGGAGAGCAUGCCGGGAGGAACACCGCCUUCCCAGCAAGCCCAACAGGUUUGCAGUGCAGGCCAUGAAGGAUCUGCUCUGCCGACUGCAGUGUGACCAUGUGGUGGUGGCUAUGGAGCGCAAGGGUGGCUGGGACAUGAUGCUGUGUGCUCACACCCAGCACUAUGCCGUGGGUCUGCUGGCCAGGUGAGACCCCCUUCUGCCCACUGCCCCCAGCAUUUGUGCCCUGUGCCCCACACAGUCCCUGUGGUCAUGGGCCAGAGGGCCUCGUCAGCGAGGGACGGCCAAGGAGACUGGAAAAGGCUGGGAGAGGAGGGUGCCCAGAAGGGGCUGCCUCUCAAAGCGCUCACAUCCCCUCCAGGGAUGCUGGGGAAAGACCAGACCUCUGUGAGUCAGUGCUGGGAGAGGUUUUGUCUCCCCACUUCACGGCUU